GUCAUUAAAAGAAAAAAGAAAAAAAAAAAAAAGACAGCAGAAGAAGAAGUUGUGUAAGCCGCUGCUGGGCCAAGUAAAUUGACACUUGGAGCACCAAAAAAGCACGUCAAUCGCACUCAUUUUAGCCACGAUCGUUGCACAGCUCGGUUCCGCUGCCUGCUCUCCCGCUUGCUGCCUGCCGCUUACCACCGUAUAUACUCAUAUAUAACUAGUGGUCGAAAGAAGGCAGCAAUCUGGACGCACGGACUAUCGCCUAUCGACCGCUGAACCUGGGCGGGCAGCCGCUUAUGGCCGAGCUGCCUACAACGCCAAACGGCGCUGCCCUCGGCGCUGGUGGCGAUUAUCUGCAUCGUUCCAUCGACCAGCUGCGCACACUCAGCCAUCUGACGCAGGCGGAUCUGCGCACUGCGCAGCUGGUCCACGAUUACAAGCCCUUCAACAUCAGCGAGUUCCGCCAGAACGUUGAGCGUCUGGACUACUCCCUGAAGAACGGUCUCGUCCAGCAGCAGCAAAUACUUGUCGAACAGCAUCAGCCAACGCAUCAGCAUGAUCCCGACCAACAGCAACAGCAGCAGCAGCAGCAACAGCAAUCUCAGCAGCCGCAACAGCAGCAGCAGCAGUUGCAUCAUCAGCCGCAGCUAAAGGGCAACUAUAGUGCGCCCAGUUCGCCACCAACGCCGACACAGCUCAGCGAGCAGCAGGAGCAGAAAUAUGAUCCGAGUCGAUCGCCAUCGCGUCAGCAGGGCAGCAAUGGCAGCAACGGCUCAUCGCCGGAGGAUCAGCGCCAGGGGGAACAGACAAAGCCGUACAAGUGCGGAUCAUGCAGCAAAUCGUUUGCCAACUCAUCGUAUCUGUCGCAGCACACUCGCAUCCAUUUGGGCAUCAAGCCGUACCGCUGCGAGAUCUGUCAGCGCAAGUUCACCCAAUUGUCGCACCUACAGCAGCACAUACGCACCCAUACGGGCGAUAAGCCGUACAAGUGCCGGCAUGCCGGCUGCCCCAAGGCCUUCUCACAGCUGUCGAAUUUGCAGUCGCAUUCGCGAUGCCAUCAGACGGACAAACCCUUCAAAUGCAACUCGUGCUACAAGUGCUUUGGCGAUGAGGUGACGCUGCUCGAGCACAUACCCAAGCACAAGGACUCGAAGCAUCUGAAGACGCACAUCUGUCAGCUGUGCGGCAAGUCCUACACGCAGGAGACCUAUCUCCAAAAGCAUCUGCAGAAGCACGCCGAGAAGGCGGAAAAACAGCAGCAACGACACACGGCACCAGCCGUUGCCAAUCUGCAGCAGCAUGUGCCCGCCGGCGGCAUUGGACUGAAUCUGCAGCGUCAGGCCAUGAGCGAUGCCAAUGCCGUGUAUUGGGCUAAAAUGGGCGCGGAUAGCGCCGCCGCCACUCUAGCGGAGGCUAUACAACAGCAGCUGCCGCAGGCUAACGGCACCACGUAUGCCAACUUUGCAACACUCCAGCAGCAUCAGCAGCAGCAACAUCAGCAGCAGGAGCUGCUGCAGCAGCAUCAUCAGCGCUUGGCCAACGGCGGUGGCGAAACGCCUGGUCAUUCGCAUAGUCCGCACGAUGAGGCCGGUGAGGAUUUGGUGUUGCGUCAAACCACUCCACAACAUCAUCUCCAGCAGCAGCAGCAGCAACAACAACAGCAGCAGCAGCAACAACAACACCAGCAGCAGCAACAACAGCAGGCGGCCCAUUCGCAUUCACCCGGACCCGGCUCCUCUGCCUUUACACCGCUGAGUGCGAGCGUUGGCCCGCCCCCUUCGCAUCUACAGCAGCAUCGUGGGCCGCCUUCAGCUACCGCCGCUUAUCUUUACCAGCAGAAUGCCGCUGCCGCCGCUGCAGCGUUUCCCACGCAACUAAUCUCGCUGCAUCAGAUUCGCAACUAUGCCCAUCAGCCCGGGGCUGGGCUCAUUCCCAGCGAUCAUUUGGCGCUCGGCCUCAGUGCCAUGUCCAAGGAAAAGGCGCAAUAGUAUCGGGCCACUGCCGCCCACAAAAGGCAGCCAAAAGAGCAACAGCUACGAUGACAACAAUAGGCUUAAGUUUGCUAGUAAGUUAGCUUUAGUUUAGGACGAGGCUAAAUGCGAUGUACUGUCAACGAUUUGGUUACUUGCCAUCCUUGAUGUAGCACAGCAUAGCAAAGUGUGCAACCUGAUUAUGAUGCCAAAAUACUGUGCUGUGCUACAUUGAUGCAUUUUCACAAAUUCCAUUAACCCUCUCAGCACUGCCUCACACGAAACAAAAAAGACCAUAGUUAAACCAGGUAUUGACAGCAGCUCUAUACACCGCAGCCUCCGUUUGGACUAUGUUUAUCCAAACACAACUCAGGACUUUUCAAUUUAGCUUUUAACACAAAUCUAUAACUUUUAAGCAAUAUUUACAAUGGGAGGAUAAAUCACGAGAAAAAAAGCUCUAAACCACUUGAUAUUUUGUGUGGUUUACAGUUUUUGGUCACAUAUUAUGCAUCUUAAGUCUGUACAACAACCUAUAAUAUAGAGUAUCAUAGGUGCCGUACAAAGUACUGCGAUAGUUCUGUAUACACACACAAUUGUACAUACGUACAAGUCAACGUAUCAACGUAGUUAAUACAAUCAUCAAAUUUGUAUCUAAUUAAAUUAAGCUAAAAACUCGUAUCAAUAUUGAAUAAGGACUUUUUAUAUAUUUAUGCGACUUGGAAGCAGAGUUGACGGCCGAAGUUUAUUUAAAGCAAAACAAUGUAUAAAAAUAAAAUAAAAAAAUAAUGAAUAAAA